ACAAUUAUAGAUAUUAAAUGAAUUCACAGAAACAUAUAUCGAAGUGGAGAAGACAGAACGUGCAUCAUUUUUGGCUGCAAUCGCAUCUCUCACAGGCGAAAACUCACAAAUUUGCAAGAUCUUCUCCGAGCAUUACCCAAAAGAAUCCUUUUUGGAGCACUUUUUGGGUUCAGAGUCCAAAUCUGAGGUCUCGCGAGGUUGGGAGGAGGGAGAACUGAGAGGGUGAGAAGGAGAAGAGUGAUGAGUUGGAGGAGCAGAGGAGGAGGAGAGACCGUGUCUAAAAGAUGGACCUUUUUGCUUUGCCUUGGCAGCUUCUUCACUGGCCUCCUCUUCACCAACAGAAUGUGGACAAUGCCCGAAGUGAAAGAGAGCGAUAUAAUUCGAACUAACAGUGCCAGUGUACCAAACAAAGAGCUCAUAGCCGAGCGAUAUUUUUCACAAAUGAUGGAUCAGAAGGAAGAAGCGAGAACAAUUCUAGGGGAAGGUUCAUCAACUGUCGAUGACCUUCAAUUGAUAAAUAAAGCAGUUUCAAACUUAGAGAUGGAACUAGCGGCAGCAAGGACAACACAAGAAUCUAUACUUAGAGGUUAUCCAAUACGACAAGAAGUUAAGGUUAUUAAAACAAUAAGACACAAGUAUUUUAUGGUUAUUGGAAUCAAUACUGCAUUUAACAGUCGAAAACGAAGAGAUUCAAUUCGUGCUACGUGGAUGCCACAAGGUGACAAAAGAAAGAAGCUAGAAGAAGAAAAGGGGAUCGUGAUUUGCUUUGUUAUCGGUCAUGGUGCUACUUCAGGUGGAAUUUUGAAUCGAGCUAUCGAUGCUGAAGAAAAAAAACAUGGUGAUUUCUUGAGACUGGAUCAUGUUGAAGGAUACCUUGAGUUAUCUGCCAAAACAAAAUCUUACUUUGCAACUGCUUUUUCUUUGUGGGACGCAGAAUUUUACGUCAAGGUUGAUGAUGAUGUACAUGUGAACAUAGCAACACUUGGACAUACUUUGGUGAAGCAUCGAAUGAAACCUCGAGUAUACAUUGGAUGCAUGAAGUGUGGUCCUGUCCUUGCUAAGAAGGGAGUGAGAUAUUAUGAACCUGAAAAUUGGAAGUUCGGAGGCGACGGAAACAAGUACUUUCGACAUGCCACUGGUCAAUUGUAUGCCAUUUCAAAUGAAUUGGCAGCUUAUAUCUCCAUAAACCAGCAUAUACUGCACAAAUAUGUGAAUGAGGAUGUGUCAUUAGGAUCUUGGUUCAUAGGUUUAGACGUUGAGCAUAUCGAUGAUCGCAAGCUUUGCUGUGGCACUCCGCCCGAUUGCGAGUGGAAGGCGCAGGCAGGCAACACCUGUGUCGCAUCGUUCGAUUGGAGCUGCAGUGGCAUCUGCGAUUCGGUUGAUCGGAUCAAAGAAGUUCAUCAACGCUGCAGUGAAAACUCGAGUGCCAUAUGGAAUGCAGUUUUUUAGGAUGCAUCCCUUCAAACAAGAGUCUACACUGUAAAUGUAGGAAAGUUAUAUUGAAUGCAAUAUCUCAACUUUGAGAAGGGAAAGAUGUAGUUGUUUAUAUUUUCAUAGAGGAAGGAAACCCCUUGUUCACAAUUCACAAACUUAUGUUGUUGAUCAAGAAUCUGUAUAAUAAUAUUCUUGGGAGGUAUUUAAUCUGCCAUAUAUAUUGAGAAUAAAUUUUACAUUAA